AGGGCAUGCUGAGGUGGUGACUGGCAGAACGUUCGGCGAGGGUUCUGGUAUCAUCCUGUUGGACGAUGUGCGUUGUGAGGGGAYGGAGUCGUCCCUGCUGGACUGUCGCCAUGGCACCUGGGGCCAUAGCGACUGUUCCCAUGGAGAGGAUGUGGGCGUGCGAUGCAGGGCCGGAGCUAAAGAAGAAGAGACCAAUGAGGUGCCGGCUGUUGCACCUGCCACAGGUCCUCUGUUGCGUCUGGUUGGGGGUGGUAGCCAUAACGAAGGUCGUGUGGAAGUCUAUCUCCAUGGAGACUGGGGGAGUAUCUGUGACUCAGGCUGGAACGAUCUGAACGCUGCCGUGGUCUGCAGACAGCUGGGCCACAGUGGUCAUGCUGUARCAGCAGGUGGGUUCGGUCGGGGGAAGGGUCCUGUCCACCUGGACCAGGUGAGGUGUACCGGGAAGGAGGACUUCUUGGGGGAGUGUCCUUCUCUGGGCCGGGGCCGUGACGGCUGCAGAUGGAGACAGGAUGCAGGGGUGAGCUGUGACCACGCCCCCCGGGCAACAGAGGGCCAGGCCAGGCCAAGUGAGCUCACCUGUGGAGUGAGGAAGAUGGUGGAGGAAGGGAACGAGAGGAAGAGUGGAGGAGGAGGAGAGAAUGUACUCAGGACAUUGUGGCCAUGGCAGGUGUCAGUGUGGUUGGGUUCUGAGGGGAAAGCUGGCCAUCCUAUCUGUAGUGGUACUCUGAUCUCUCCCUGCUGGGCCCUGGCCUCCGCUCACUGCUUCACCAGGUUUGGUAUUGGCCCGUCUCAGUAUGUGGUGCGCGUGGGGGGUUCUGACCGAAUUCUGACCCCGGAGCGAGUGGUGGUCCAUAGAAAGUUCAGAGCAGAUCAGGGCCCUGGGGGUCAUGACCUGGCCCUGCUGAGGCUGCCCAGCCCCAAGGAUCACUGUUUGACCUUUGACCCCCACACUAACGCAGCCUGCCUCCCCACCCCGGACGCUGCGGGGGGGAAGACCCCCUUGUCCUGCAUUGCCGCGGUUACAGCUGGCUGGGACGGCCCAGAUGCUGUGCUCCAGUCCUGGGUACCCCUCCUGACGUCAUGGCAGUGUAAGAAGCGUUAUGGCGAUGGUUACUCCUCCCACGGMACGCUGUGCGCCGGCAGCCCCCCUGACACACGUCGUCUCCACGGGAACAACGGUUGCCAGGGCAACUGGGGCGGUGGGCUGGUAUGCCAGGGGGAGGGAGGGCGAUGGGUGUUGACCGGGAUCGUCUCCGGGGGUUACGGUUGCAGCGACCCCUCAACCCCGGCGCUCUACACACGGGUCAGCCGGUUCGGGGGCUGGAUCGAGGAAGUCACACACAGGAGCGGGACAUACACACACACACAAUCAUGACGAGUUGAAAAAACACACUGACGAUCAAUUCAUACACACACACGAUCAGCACAGAAAUAUACACACACAUACACACACACACACACACGAUCACAAUGAACACAUACAAAAUCAGCAUACACACACUCACAAUAAACACACACACACUCUUGUCUGAUCCAGGACACGCCAUUGGCUCACCGGCCGUGUCAUGUGACUGUCAGAGGAAGGAUAGAUGAUGAUAGAGGAAGAGGAGGAGGACAUGUUGGAAAAGGAGGGAGAGAAAGAGGAAAGAUACAACAAGAGAAGAAGAACGAGAAGAGAUCCUCCUCUGCCCCCCUGACCUCUGACCCCUGACCAUGUAGACUUUUGUGUGUGUGCAUGUGUAUUACACUAGCUAUGGGGUGUGUGCAUUCAUGUAUGUGUGCCAUCUGUGUGUGUAUCAUCUGUGUGUCUGGGAGGGGAGGUGCUGUAGUGAUGUGUAGCUAGACGACGUGCUUUAGGUAGUCAUUUCUCUGACAGUGGGGUUGAGUUUCUUGUGAUGCCCUAUUUGAAUGUGAAGUCUGUCCAGAAUKAUCUGUUAUUCUUUAACCAGUGGUAAAAAAAUAAUAUAUAAGCUGUUGUUCAAAAGCUGUUCUCGAAUAUCUAAUAUCACGUUUGUAUUCCUGAAGAUGCUAUCUACCUUGGAGGGGACUGUCGCUUCUUUCAAAUGUGAACUGGAGAAGCUCUUCUGUCUCCUUUCAAAUAAACUGGACUUUCUUGGGGGGGCUCAAAACUGGACUCUUCAUUUGGCGGCAGUUAGCCUUGAGGUUUAGGCCAGUAACCUGAGGUUGUUGGUGUCAGUUCCCAGCUACCAUCUGCCGUUGUGCCCUACAGCAAGACUCUACUGCUCCAACAAAUUGCUCCAGGGAUUCUGCGCUGUGGCAUACGCUGUGCCUCUCAACGGCAUUGCGACAUCAUGAAAAACAAAAUGAUAUUCUAUGCUACACUAUUUUUCUCUCUCCUGUCAAAGCCAUGGAAAGCCAGGGGGUGGAUCGUAUUCAUCUUUUUCUACUGAUCUCCCUGAAUGGCUCUAGUUGUUAACGUUGUGUGUAAAUACUUCUGAUUGUUUAUGUGUUGCAUUCAUUAAUGUCUGAUUUCAAUGUUUUUCUAUGACCUCAGUAGUAGACGGUGUUGUCAUAUUCAGAGGCAUAAUUUAUCCUWCGCUUGAGGGAGAAGUUGCCCCUAACCCGAGAUCUAGGAUCAGAUUAGCCAACUCCAAAUGAUAUGGCAUCAAACAUAUGGAAAGCAUGUGUUUGAUACCAUUYCACUUUAUUCCGCUCCAGCCAUUAGCACAAGCCCUUCCUCCCCAAUUAAGGUGCCACCAACUUCCUGUGGGGAGGAUGCAAAAAGAUCUGACCCAGGACCAGUGGUUAGGUGAAACUUCUACCAGCUCCAUAUACAGUAUGGCCCUGAUGAUAGUUUAUUUGUUUCUAACUGGCUCAAUCAGGUGUGGUGAAGCCUCUUGUAUUCCAUAACUAAUUGUUUCUCUCAAACAGGAAAUGCUCCUAUUCCUUAUUUGAUCCUCUUGAGACUCCUGUCUAUCCAGUAACAUGUGGUUUGUCUUGUAUAAUCAUCACAUUCAACUCCUCCUUGUGACUUCAUGUUUGAGUAAAGCUGUUCAGUCAUACUAAGGCCUCUUAUUCAAUCCGUAUCGCGGAAGUUCAGCGUAACAGCGUGAUUGAAAUUUAAARGCAAUGUUCCCACGUUAGUGGAGACWGCGUUCACAGUAAACRCUGCAUAUGUCGGCUCAAUGGGAAAUKACCUUUACAUUUCUACUGUAAGUCUUCAGCGAUACAGAUUGACUAGAGUCCUAAAUCAAUGUAAAUAUUUCCAUAGCUGGACAUAUUCCACCAAACCCACAUUGCAUACUGUACCCAGUGUGUGUUUGCGCAUAGGAAACAGUAGUUUGUAAACACAGACACUGCAUAAACAAUGCUUCUGUGGGUUUGAUUGAAUUCGAGACAGAGUUCACCAUGUCUCUGUUUGAAGCUGUGAAGAGUCUGACUCAGUAGAAAUGUUAAACUGUCUUACAGACAUCUGUGUGUUCCUCUGACUGGUCUGUACUGAAACACGGUGGACUAUUGAAGGGUAUUGUGCUGGUCUCUAAUGUCUGGUCUUUAUAACACAUCAAAAUAAAUGUMUUUUUUUGUCUGUUCUUUA